UGCUCCUGCCUGGUUUCUGGCUUGUCAUUCGCCAUGGCUCCUCGCUGCAGCUGGUUGUGUCGCUUUCCUCGCAGAGCGCUGCUUGGCGGAAUCCGCACCGUGCCAACCACAAGAUGUCCGGUUCUGGGAAGAACUCUGACCUCAGCAACGCACCCGCUACAAAUCUGCAUUGUCGGCAGUGGUCCUGCUGGAUUUUACACAGCUCAGCACCUGUUAAAGCAUCACACACAGACAGUGGUGGACGUAUAUGAGAAACUUCCUGUCCCUUUUGGCUUGGUCCGUUUUGGGGUAGCACCAGAUCAUCCCGAAGUGAAGAAUGUUAUCAACACUUUUACACAGACGGCCCAUACAGAGCGCUGCAGUUUCCUGGGCAAUGUGACUGUCGGGAGAGAUGUAACAAUAGAGGAACUACAGGCAGCGUAUCAUGCUGUAAUACUGAGCUAUGGGGCAGAAGACAAGCGGCAGCUGGGGAUUCCUGGAGAAGAGCUGCCAGGCGUGUACUCUGCCAGGGACUUUGUAGGCUGGUACAACGGCCUUCCAGACAACCGACAUUUGUCUCCAGACUUCAGCACAGACACAGCCAUCAUCCUAGGACAUGGGAAUGUCGCACUUGACAUCGCAAGAAUCCUGCUGUCACCAAUAGAUCUAUUAAAGAAGACGGAUAUCACGCAGGCUGCCCUUGACAGCCUUUCUAACAGUCGAAUCAGGAAGGUUUGGCUUGUUGGUCGUCGUGGACCUUUGCAAGUGGCAUUUACCAUUAAGGAGUUGCGUGAGAUGAUUCAUCUGCCGAAUACCCGUCCUGUAACUGAUCCUUCUGAUUAUCAGAAUGUUGGGGACUUUAUAAAGGAUCUCCCUCGGCCCAGAAAACGUCUUACAGAGCUACUAAUGAAGACAGCAUUGGAGAAACCUGGAGAGAAAGAGGCUAUGCGAAGAUCCCAAAGUGAUCGGGAAUGGGGCCUGCGCUUUCUCCGGAGUCCUGUGACUGUUUUGCCGAGUGAAGAUGGAAAAAGGGCUGCUGGUGUUAGGUUGUCUGUCACAAGACUUGAGGGCAAUGGGGAGAACGCAGUUGCUGUUUCUACAGGAGAAACGGAGGACAUAUCCUGUGGGUUAAUUCUCAGCAGCAUUGGAUACAUAGGUGUUCCGAUCUCUCCAAGUGUUCCUUUCCUCCAUAAGAAUGGGAUCAUCCCAAACAGCUUGGGCAGAGUGCAGGGUGCUCCAGGACUUUACUGCAGUGGCUGGGUGAAGAGAGGUCCAACCGGUGUCAUCGCUACAACAAUGAAUGACAGUUUUGACACAGCACAGUCUUUGUUGGAGGACAUAAAAUCGGGUGCUUUGGACUGUUCAGGGACCCGACUUGGAGCCUCUGCGAUCAGUGAGCUUCUUCUUCUCAGAGGUAUCCAGCCCGUGUCUUUCUCUGACUGGGAGAAGAUAGAUGCAGUAGAGACGGCCCGUGGUGCGGAAGUAGGAAAGCCUCGUGAAAAGAUCUUGGAUACAGAGGAGAUGUUACAGCUAGUCUGUCAGUGACGUGCACAGCGAAUCACUAUUAUAGCGAGGAAGCUUUUACAAUAACUGCCUUUUUAGAUUUAUAAAUACGGAAAGCAUCAGACUUCAUAGGACCAAAUUACCUCAACUAUUUUUUUUUUUG